UCUAUCAGGUUUCAGCCAGCAAUAGUAAAGGUAUUGUCUCGUGCUCGGGAGUUUUGGAGGUCGGCACCAUGAACGAGUUCCAGAUCCACCAGAGGUUCUUCGCCAAGCUGAAGCAGAAAGCAGACAAGAAGAAGAAAGAUCUGCUGGAGGACACCAAGAAAGGGGAUAAAGAAAACACAGAACGUCCUCAAAGGAAGCGGCACGUCCCUCCACAGGAGGAGAGGCCAGCGGUCCAGGAGCCUGAGGCUGAGGAGCAACUGGGAGCUGCUGCAGAACCUAAUGGUGUUAGCUCUGAAGUCAAGGAAACAGCUGUGACAUCCAAAGACCUGGAAAAGGAGAUAACUCCAUCCGACGACACCUUGGCCAAAAAGAAAAUAAAGAUCACAAAUGGAGUCGAUGAUGGGGUUAACAACAGCAACAGACGCAGCAGCAGAAGCCAUAUGAUGGGGAAUGGAGGUGAAAACUGUUACGAUGGAGGAAUGGGUUUGGCACAAUUUCUGGCAGAGACUCUCCAGUCCCAGGCUGGUGAGGAGAAACAGAGCUCAUCUCAAGGGGAGAAACCUAAAGAGAUAGAUAUACCUGUUAUAGGUGUCAGUAAAGAGAAAGAGAGAGAGCAAGAGAGGAUGCAAAAAGGUAGGGAAGAACAAGACAAAGUCUUAGAAGAAGAAUAUGAGAGAAAAAGAAGAAGAGAAGAAGAAAUGAAGGUAGAGAGGGAGGAAAGAGAAAGGCUGUUGAAGACGUCGCAUACAGUCCCAUACACAAAACAUGGUUCAGAAGGCAAACAUCACAGCAAGGCUCAUAAGGAUCAUGACCCCCACAACAUCCAGGCUUCCAUCUCCUCGGUGCUACACACAGUCAAAGAUUUCUUCUUUGGUAAGACCAAGAAGGACUCUCAUGAUCACAUGGAGAACAAGGAGAGAGAGUUUGACUACUCGCAUGCCUCAACGCCUCCAUCGUUUCGGCUGCAACCGGAGCAAAAUCAGGUGUGCACGCCUCUCACAGAAGACAUUGUGGCUAUGGAAAUAAAUAAACCGAAGGAGCCUUCAGAGACUGUGGAUACAGAACAACAGUCACCGAAGCCACAUGAACAUAAGCGUGAAGACAGUGUUCUACACACAGACCAGCCACCAGCUCAUAAAUUGGCACCCGAGAGCGUAGAGGAGUCCACAGGGCGGAGUGUCAAAGCUGCGGAUGCUGCUAUGGAGGCCAUGGAGGUGUCUGUGGGGCAGGAGGGCGGCAGUCCAGGUGAAGCAAUGUCAUUGUCUGGGCUUCAAGUUCUCACUGAGGUUGAAGAGAAAGAUCCUAAAAUAGUAUCUGUUAUGAAAGAGGUUCCCGUACACCAGCAAGAGCCUGAUUGCCUGGUCGUUUCACCACAGACUAAUCAUCAGGCUGGCAGAGCUAAGUCAUCAUCCAGGGAAGAAAUAUUUGUUUUGUCACAGACCCAAGACUCCUAUAAAGAGGAAUGCUCCUCCACAUCCACCCUGACUGGUUUGGAAGAAAGCUGGAUUUCCCCUGACAAUCUUGUCUCGGCGUCAAACAGUCACAGCCUUGGAAAGGCACCCAGUGAAACUUCACAAGAAGAAAAGAUGAGUGUUGAUAAGAUGGGCAAAGAAGGUGAACCAGACACGGAGGAGGGCAGCUCCUCCAAUAAGCUAUGUGAGGAAGAGAAAGCUGAUGUGAAAUCAAACAGACAGCCGUGCUCAGAAAUAAACAGAUCUGAGAUUACUGAAAUAACAACAUGUUCACUGGAAGAGAGAAUAGAGCCAUGUCAGUCUAAAACACCAGAUCAUGUUCUUCCGCCUUUGCCUGCUCUGGCCGCAGACAAUGUAGAGAGAAAUGAUGUUAAAGAACAGGCCAAAUGUACUUCACUGAUUCAGGAAAUGAAUGUAGGGUUUCCGCCCACUGCAGCCCGAGAGAGUUUAGAAACGGGUGACCUAAAAAUGCUGCAAGAAUGCACUUCUUCUAUUGGACAGGAAAACACUGAAGUCAACAAUGUCAAUGCAAUACAGAGUUCAAACACAGGUUUUAGAAGCAGUGAAUUUAAAGAGGUAUUGAUUUCUGCUUUAGAUGUAGAAGUAAACUCUGCUAGCAAUCUAAAAACCCAAGAGCAAGUCAUUUUAGAAGGGGACAGAGCUGAAGCAAGAAAUGAGAGUUUACAGUUUGAAGUGGAGACAGAAAAGAGUGAUCUAGUGAAAGAAGAGGAGUUGGAUGAAUCAAAGAGCUUCUCAGUAACACCAAACAAGAUGGUUAAUGAUUAUGUUUUGGAGAAACAAAAUAAUGUUGCACUUCAAGAGAGCAGUGAGAGACAGCAGGGUCUGCCCUUAGCGAAUAUCCCACAAAUCCAAAUAUCUACUAUUGAUGACACCCCAGAUAUUAAACCAACUGUGGCAGGUGUCACACCUAAUGAGAAUUUUAUAAUCCCAAAAAUUGAAAUAAUUGAGCCACAGCUCAUAGAGUGCACUCUGCCACUUACUAUUUUGGGACAAAACAAUCAAGAAUCAGAGCCUGCUACUUUACAAGAUUAUGAUGCAGCUCAUGGGUCUGACGUAAUAAUCCAAGACCACAGCAUGGAUGAUUUAACAUGCUUACUGCCCACGCAGAAAAGUAUGCAGAAUGUUAACAACCUCUUGCUUACAGAGAAUGAAAAGGAAGUUGUGCAAUCAGAUGGCGAGACAAAAAUGUUUAAGGGAAAGCAGCCCAGCAUGAUAAGUAGUGAACAGCUCCCUCAGAUGGACUAUGCAUUAAUUCCUGUUAUAAAUGUUUCGUGCACUGAUGACAAGGAGGAUGAUAUAUACAUUAAAAAACAGGUUACAGAUAGACAACAGCCUUUUGAAACUCCACCAGUCCCUUUGUUUGUGGUGCCACCGAUCUCUGUCACUUGUCAUGAAAGUGAUUCUGGACUCAGACUGCCCACAGAAUGUGAGUGGACAGAAACUGAAACUUCCGCUGCCACGCAAAGGGGACCAAAGCAUGAUGUUGACAAUAAUAAUGCCACUGUGCUUGAAAAAAGUCAAAAUAGAAAACAGAACCUAGAAGAAACAGCAGAGAAGAGUAUAAAAGCUCUAAUACCAAAAGUUAAUGACAAUGUGCCAACAUUCAUUAAAUCGACAGAAGAUAACAUUGUCCCUGAAGUCUUGAAGACAAAACCCCUUAAAGAGGCCAAAAUAGAGAAUUCCGUGUCUGUUGAGGACCUUCAAAGAAACAGAUCAUCUGUUGAGAGACUCUUCUCUAAACCUCCGGCACAUCCAUCAUUGAGUCCAGCCAGUCUCCGUAAAUUCAUGUCCAAGACUGCUCCAGAACCAGACGUGUUCACUGUGGGUGAGCGUCAAAUUGACAAAGCCGACGAAGAUCUAAGUGGAGGCUCAACACCGACAUCAUCCCUCUCCUGUGAGAGCAGUCCCCGUCUGAAGCGCAGAGACAGUCUGUCACUCAUACGCUCUGCCACGCCUGAAGAGUUGGCCUCCGGAGCUCGUCGCAAAAUCUUCAUCCCCAAAACUAAAGAAGAUGGAGAGGGAGCAGUGGUUGGUGCGCUGGAAGCUCAAGGCAAGAAGGAGACCCCCUACAUGUCACCCAGCCAGGCUCGCAGAGCGGCAUUACUGCAGGCUCCCACAGGACAAAAUACCCCACCAAUGGAGAAACGCUCUCCCCUGCUGAGCCGCAGAAAAGUCACCUUGGAGGUGCCAAAAGCCGUGGAGGAGACUCCCAAAGAAGAGCCUGUCAGCACCAAACAAGAGGAGAAACCAGCUGAAAAGAAGCUUAACCCUUUGAAAGCUCCACAGGUCAUCCGUAAAAUCAGGGGAGAGCCAUUCCCAGAUGCCUCCGGACACCUGAAGCUGUGGUGCCAGUUCUUCAACGUGCUCAGUGACUCCACCAUUAAGUGGUACAGAGAUGAGGAGGAAAUACUAGAGGUGAAGAGAAGUGGAGGAGAUGAAAGCCAAGUCGCACUGGCUAUUGUUCUGGCAUCCAGCCGCGACUGUGGAGUAUAUGGAUGUUCGAUUAGUAAUGAAUAUGGAAGUGACACCACUGACUUCCUGCUCAGCGUAGACAUUCUGUCUGAGAUACUACUAAAAGAGGAUUUGGAAGUUGGAGAGGAGAUCGAGAUGACCCCACUGCUGUUCAACAGAGGCCUGGCCGACUGUGGCAGCUGGGCUGAAAAGUACUUUGGCCGCAUCAUGACCGAGACGGCGCACAUCGGUGAGGGCUGUGCUCACAAAGCCAGUAGAGUGAAGGUCAUUUACGGCCUGGAUCCCAUUUAUGAGUCUGGAAGCGCCUGCAUCAUCAAGGUUCAAAGCCCCAUCGCUUACGGGACCACGCAGGAGAGCAACCUCCCAGAGAGAAAUCUACAGAUAACUAAGCAAGAAUGCAAAGUCCAAAACAUGAUACGAGAAUAUUGUAAAAUCUUUGCGGCUGAAGCAAGAGUUAUUGAGAACUUUGGCUUUUCACUGGAAGUGAUUGCUCGGUAUCUGAUGUACCGGCCUGCGAACUCUGUGCCAUACGCCACGGUGGAGGUUUAUCUCGAGGGUGUCUUCCUCGACUACUGUAGGAUGGAUCCUAAAGGAAGGCUGAUUACACGAACCGUUUCUGAGGUGGAGCAAAAAUGCAGCACCUUCCAGCACUGGAUACAUCAGUGGACGCAUGGCAACUUGCUGGUCUCUCGGAUGGAGGGAGUUGAAACGAAGAUUACAAAUGUCAGAGUUGUGACCAAGUCAAAAGGAUACCAAGGAUUAACAGAGCAUGGCUCUCCUGAAGUGUUUGAACAGUUCCUGACACACCAUCAGUGCAACUACUACUGUGGACUUCUUGGCCUGCGCUCCCUAAAAACUAUGGAUAGUCUGCUGCAACCCAAGAUUAAGGGCUCCAGAAGCCCCCUUCUCAACCGCAAGCUGGGCUCCAACAGCCCCCAGCUGCAGCGGAAAGGACACAGUCCUCAGAUGUCUAGAAAGGCUAAUUCUAGUCCAAAGGUGACUAGAAAAACUCAGGAGACAGAGGACAAUAAAUCAGGCACCAAACCCAAGCCUGCAGAAACUGUUGAUGUCCUUGAAAUGAGGUAAGAAGAGGUGCUCCUUCUGUGUCAUGCAAGAUUUUACUGCUUGUAAUGGUUUAGUAUUACCUGUUUCUUUCCGGUUACCAAAACCAGCAAGGACUUGAAGAGUUUAAAGGAAAAGGAAAAGUUUGUUGACCUGACUUAUCACAAAGAAUUACUGUGAAUGUCUAAGUCUCCAUUACAAUUACAGUAAUAACACAUCCAGCAAAAGCAGUGUUUUUAACUUUACUCAGAAUCUUAUCAGCUCAAUGAUUGGACAAACGACUGUAAACUCAAAAUCAUCAUCACUGAAAAAUCAACCGUACUUCACACUGAAAUUUUCAUUGAAGCUCUUUUCUUUUAAUGAAGAGUUGGAACAUUUUCAAUAGUUAUGGAGAAGAAAUACCACAGCCAUAGAGGGAGUUCCAUAUUAAUCGUUGCAUGUUCAUCUGUGAUGUACAGCAUGUUAGGAGGACAUAAAGUUAAGUAUUGAGACUUAUGUACGGCUUGCAUUAGAAAAGGCCUAUGCAGCAUUUCUUUAAGCAGCAAAGUUGAGCUCAUGCUGUGGAAUUACAGCACCAUUUUUAGGUCAAAGAUGUUUGCGUGCACGUUGUUUUUGGCAUUAUUUGUUAGUAGUUUUUAAGUGCUUUGUAUCUGUUGUGUCUGUGUUUUUAAUAGGUCCUCUCAUAGUAUUUCAGAAUACAUACCGGCAAAUGCAAAGCAAUGGUCAGUAGGGGCUUACCAGUAAAUUCUUUAACAAUGGUAUGCUCAGGGUUUUGCUAUUGUACAGUUAGUCAGCAGAAUAAGAAACAGAAUGAAAAAUAUUCAUUUAUCUUGGGAGAUUGCAAAGGUUGUCAUGUUGAAUUCCAACAACAGUAAUUUGCCUUUUACAAAUAAUAAAGACUGUUAUGGGUUAUUGGAUAAUGAUCAAUGAAAAUCGUCAAAGUAUUAAUCUCUUAAACUUCUGAAAUUGCAUGACUGAAAAUUCUAAAAGAGGUUGACAUUUCGACCAGCUAAUGAUAGUGAAAAAUAUUGUAAUGUUAAAUGUGGUGUCAUGCAAACUAAAUUGUGUUCAGGUGUACAUAAAGUCAAAGGAUGAAUAUCUGAAGUAGUGUGCGAGUGAGAAAAUGAAUGAGUGAUUAAGAGAGAUGAAUAAAUGUGUGUGCUGUCUUCGUUAUGUCACAUCACGUCAGCAAAUGGUUUUUUUUUAAAUAAAUAUGUUAAACCUUUGUGUCCAACCAUUGAUCACAUUUUCCUUUCAGGUUUUUUUUAUUUUUUUUAUAGUAUGACUGUAUGUAUAAUUGUCAAAUAUUUAAAUUCAUCAAACUGUUGAUGCCUAAAUAUUUCCUGA